UUUCAUUUUAGGUUGAUAUGUGAUCUCCAUACCAACUUCUCCGAGCGGUUGAGUUCUCCCUUUAAUUUAUUCAGAUUAUGAAUUUGAUACCUGUUUGAUCGUCUCGAAGUCAGGUAGAUAAGUAGAGGAUGUUCAAUAUAAAGCCAACAAAUCCUAUUCGCCGAACGGCCGGUGAAGUUGGGAAGCGUCCUGAAAACCUUCGUUAUGUUUACUUCCUUACUGCGUUCGUCUCCAUUGGUGCAUUGCUUUUUGGAUAUGAUCAAGGUGUCAUGGGAGUCAUCGUAGCGGACGCUAGGUGGAUCUCCCUUAUGAAACCGGCGAACAGCUGGGUUACGGGAGCGGUGGUAUCGCUUUACGACGUUGGGUGCUUGGUCGGUGCUAUGUCUAUAGGCUUCCUUGCCGACCACUGCGGCCGUGAGCGAACAUUAUCAAUCGCCUGUGUAGUUUUUAUCAUUGGUGCUAUACUUCAAUCAGCAUCCUAUAAUAUCACCUCUAUCACGAUCGGACGUAUCAUCUUGGGAUACGGUGUGGGUACAUGCGCCGGCGGCGUACCACUAUACGUAUCUGAGAUCGCGCCAGCAAAGCUAAGAGGCCGUAUUAUCGGAAUAGAGCAAAUGAUUCUUUGUUUCGGCGAGCUCGUGGCUUUCUGGUUAAAUUACGGAUUUAACUUUCUAGAAACUCCCGACUGGUGGCGCAUCCCACUGGCCAUUCAAGUCGUACCAGCAGCUCUCUUAGGAGUCGGGUGCUGGUUUUGGGUUCUCCCUAGCCCCCGUUGGUUGGUUCAGCAAGAUAGACACCAGUGUGCUCGUGAAGUACUCGCCCGGCUUCACGGCGAUGAAGCAGCCGAUCUGCAAAUGGCAGAGAUAGCCGAGGAGGUAGCUUUUGAGAAAACAUUGGCUACAGCGAAGUGGGCUGAUAUGUUCAAAUCGCCCGUUUUACGUGUUACUCUACUCGCCAUGGGCGUGCAAUUCUUCCAGCAGAUUACAGGCACUAACUCGAUAUUAUAUUAUACCCCGUCCCUUUUUGGGCGCGGAGGAAUUACGGACCCGAAGACAGCCAACUUAGCUACAGGAGGAGUUGGCAUAGUCUUGUUUGUCUUUUCUUGGGUCCCGAUCUUUCUAUUCGACCGCCUUGGACGCAAGACAUGGCUACAGAUAGGCCUGGUUGGAAUGUGUUGUGCGAUGGUGGGCAUCACCGUCUUGCAGUGGCAUGCCGAGAGAAAUCCCGGCUCUAAUGGAAACUACGCCAUUGUUGCUUUUCCGUAUUUGUUCUAUAUAUUCUUCAAUGUUAGCUGGGGUGUGGGAAGUUGGACAUACGCUACCGAGAUCUUCCCCGUCAUGUAUCGGGCAAAAGGAAACGCACUUUCAACGGCGAGCCUUUGGCUGAGCUGCUACGUGGUAGCUCAGGCAAGUCCCCCGAUAGCCGCAUCCAUCGGCUGGGGCCUUUAUAUAAUUUACUCCUGCAUCUGUGUAGUUGCAUUUAUAUUCGUACGAUGUGCCAUGGUGGAAACGAAAGGGAAGACGCUCGAAGAGAUGUCUGCUCUUUUCGGCAUCGAAAGCACGCUAGCAAGAAUGAGCGGGAUGGAAAUUGACGGCAAAACCGGCGUUAUUCAUAUUGAGAACUCUCCAACAUGAGAUUUACCUAACUGCCUCCUGCAUAGUACCUGGACUCCCUUACCACUUAAAUCAUCAAAGCUCAGACCUCAACCAAGAUAAAAGUACCCGUCAUCGAGUAACUCCUUCGCUAUAUCAGAAUUCUCCACAAUUUUCUGCUGGUGUUUAAUAUUCAAUCAUUUUAAUCCAUUCAGAUCGCCCUUGGGACGCCCGCUGUCAGUCGUGUUGUGGGCAACCGUGUCCGUCUCGCCGGAUGUAGUCGAAUGAUGCGUCGGUGCAACUCCAUAGGCAGCUCCGUCUGUUCUCGGAACACCUUUACGCUCCCAUUCACGUUGAGCAAACAUAUUAUCAACAUUUUUAACGUCUUGCUUCCCUUUCUCUGCGAUCGCUCGAUUCUUCGCUUGCGUUGUUUGGGUUUGUGGAUGGUUUUGGUUGUUGUCAAACGCUUGAUCCGUAACCUCCAUUGCCUCUCCUCGAAUGGCGUCCCCAGCUCCGCGAAUGCCUUUGAGGCCAGUUUUGACGUCAUCUAUCAACUUUGACAUGAUUGCGGCUUAAUUCGAGAUAGGAAGUUUAGACGCGCUCGUACACUACGAUAUGAGAUGUCUAAAUUUAAUAAUAGUAUCUUAGGGGUGAUAUCUGCUUUUUGACCUUUAAGUAAAG